AUACUACAUCGUUACAUUCGACGGAAAUACUUUGUCCUUGUUUACCGUGAUGUUUAUUACUAUGUAGAUAUAGAUACGAUACGUCUGACCAAACUUGUUUUUCUUCAUACAAACAGAUACAAAUAAAAUGAAAUAUUUUUGAAAAUUGGUAUUGAAAAAGCGAAUGGAAAAGGUGAUGGUAGAAAGUUUCUAGUUCUUUAUAGAGAUUAAAAAGUUUCACUGUUGAUCGAGAAGAUUAAAUAUGAUAUUACCAAAUUGGACUCCGCGUGCAGUUUGGAAUACCGAAACUUUAGCGUUGUUGAAUGAAGUCAAAACGGACGUUAUACCAAAUCAAACAGUUCAAAAUAUCAUUACAGAAAGUACUAAAUUUCCUCUAGCAUUUUCAACGUCAACUAAUAAAUGCAAUUAUCUCAAAUCUGUAGUGAAGGAAGAAGUAUUAGAAAAAAAUAUCAACUCGGUUUUUCCAAUCCUUCACGAAAGCAUAAUCAACCUCUGCUGCAUCUUCUUAUUAUACAAAAGACAAUACGGAAACUGUAGAGAAGAACAAUUUUUCCAAAAAUUGGGCUUAAAAGAUCUAAUUGCAAGAUUUAUUAUGAAGAGACCGGCGGCUUUUUUGAAACCCAACGAUGAAUAUAAACUUUUGGACGGAGCCGCCGGGGAAGGUAGCUGGGAAUCUGUAGGUACAAACAAAGAAAAACCUCCUCUUAUUAUCGAUAAUUACAUGGAAUACGACGAGAUGAAACUUUCAGCUUUCUUAUCGAUUUCUUCUUUUACUCAUUUCGUCAAUCGAGGAGAACGAAAUAACGUGGGUAAAUACGAAACAGACAGAAGCAAAGUAGAAGAUAUUGGAAUUAUCGUCGGUAUGGUAGGACCGAGAUUGGAAAAAAGUAAUGUUAUGGAAUACCAAGAAAUAGUCAUCACCCCAAAUCAAAAUACAGAAGACAAUGGCUUCGGUAAUAACGUUAAACGAAGUAUUCCGAAGCUAUUCGCUAAUUUCUACGAGGAAAAAUGUUCAACUUACAACGAAACGUUAAUAGCAAAAGGUGAGGAUCAAGUCGGAAGGUAUAUCGAUAUCUUGAGGGGAGACAUUUUCGAUAAUUAUUUCUAUUAUAAAAGAUUAGCAAUCACUUUUGAUACUCUAUUAAUCGAGGCUAAUCAUAGAAGCAAGCAAUUAUGUAAAUCGGCGUAUUUACAUGUAGUUGGAUUGGGAUUAGGAGUCUGGAAAGUUUCCGAUCACCAAAAUAAAAUUUACAUGGAAACUUUCGCCGACAGAAUUCAAUUUUUGGGUGAAAAAUUGUAUAACGUAUCUGACAUAUGUUUUUCACAUUUGAGAGUUGAUAAAUGUGGAAAAUACAGCGACGGAGAGAUAUUUAUCAUAAAAGGUCAUCCUAAUGGUGGAAUCAAAAUUCAUAUUUAUAAUCGAGAACCCCAUUCGAAACUCAUCGGUAAAGACACAGGUAAAUUGCUGGUCGUCUCUUACGCUUGGGAUGGAAAUUCGUUACCCGGAAAUGAUUAUUGGAUCGGUAGUUUAUCCGGAAGCGGAGAUUCAGCUUGCGCAUGCUCGACGCAAAUUUGCGAAUUGCACAACCCUCAUAUCAACUCAAGGGUACGCGUGGACAAUUUAAGAAUCGUCACAUUAGACGCGAACGUCGUAACUUUGAAUGAAUACAAAAAUAUUGUGAAUCGUAAAUGUACAACUGAAUAAUAAAGAUAUGCAUAUAAAGA